AUGCGGAGACUUUAUGUUAGCAAACAGAGGCUCAUAACUCUUCUCUUCAAAGGAAGCUGUCAGAACUGUCCUUCUCAAAGUGUGAGUCCUCAGUGUCCGUACAUCAAACGCUACAGGAGGAAGUCUGGUCUGUGCAGGUCAGACCCAUCCACAGAUUUAUCCCAGAGAACAAUGGGGAGACAGGAGCCGAGCGUGGACGGCACAGGGACUGUCAUCGCUGCAGCCUUGGUUCCCACACGUCGACUACAUGCAGACGACAGAGAAAAGAGUCCACAGAAGUCCUCAUCCUGUUUGGGUGAGCGAGGCCCCGACUCUGACCCCAAUGGACAGAGCUGGGUUCCCGUCACUGCUUCUGUUUCGGAACUGUAG